GUCAAUCUACUGUUAGAGGAUCCUCAGCCACAAGCUUAGAAAUGGGUUAGGAAAAGAGAUUUUUCCUCCUCUAUAUAAACAAGAGACUUGGUUGGUGGAGAGGAAUAGAAGUGCAGAUUAAGAGUUGUUGAUACCAAACAGAACAACUAGAGUAACAAAUUUGGCCUCUGUCCAGUGGCUUAAAGGAGUUUAGAUCUUAUUGAGGGGGCGGAGGUGGUCAGCAAGCUUUCAGCAAGGGAGCAAGGGUGUAAGAUGAGGAGGCAAGUGUGUGAGGGGUAUCACUGCACCAGAGGGAGGUGCUGACUGCUUGGAAGCAGAAAUGGUUCCUCAGGACAUUCACUGCUCUGUGUCUAUGGUCACAGAGUAGAAUCACCCUGAGCAGGGCUCCCUAAGUCUAGAGGUGCAGUUUAAUUAGCUACCCUAGCAAUCCUAGCUCAGUCAGUUGAUUCCUAUGUCUACAGGCAAAUGGUAUUUUUAAAAAUCCUAGGAUACAGACACCUAGCGCCAUCUCGGUUUCUGAUUAAUCAUUUAGAUGGGACACCUAAACCACUUGGGUAAAAAGAUAUGUAAACUUUGGGUCAGGAUCACAAUCCUGUCUCACAUAUAUGACUCCCUGACCCUGCUUUCAGAAUGUGUGUUGGGGGGUGGGAGGCAGCAUUAUUUUCCUUCAGCCAUAGUUUCCUAGCAACCAGGAAGUCAUCUGCUCUCCUGAUGUCUGUAAGCGCCAGCCCCAGCCGCACUGAUGCUCAAGCACCUGCAGAAGCAGAGAAAGAACAAAAGCCCUUUGUUUCUAGGCUUGGAGAGGCUGGGUCUUCCCAAAGGCUAUCAGGUGCAGUGUAAACUGCGGAUACUUGUUCAGCUGGAUAAACCUUUAACCAUGGAAAGAAGGCUUGUAAAGAAGGAAAUGAAAAAGCUGCUGGGAGAUUAUAUUGGCAUCAGACUUCGGGAAAAUGAAUUUGACCCAAAAGGAAGAAGGCAACUCACCUUUCUAGAUGACAUGGCACACUAUGACCUGGCCAUCAGCGUUGCUCUACAGUGGCUGGAUCGUUCAGAAGACUUAGCCUGGCUGGAGUGGGGGAAAGUGAAACUGCCACUUCAUAGCAGACCCAUAUACCCAAACUAUCGAGAACGGGAAGCAAUGAUUUUAUCGUCUUACGCUGGAAUCUUAAUGAACAGUAUCCCAAUUGAAGAAGUCUUUAAAAUUUAUGGGGCCAAUUCUUCUGCCAAUUCUGGUACUACCAAGAUUCCUCGAGCUCCACUGUUGAGGCUCUCCAUGCACCCUCUGGCCAUGUUAACAGCACCCAAAGCAGCAGAAUAUGCCCACAAGCAGAGUGUCAAGCUAAGAAGGGGAGCAACAAAUAAAAAAGCCAGGAGCAGUUCUACAAGGGAAACAAAUGCCACAGGAUGGAAAUCAUCAAAAAGUUUUUCAUACACACUGCCAAAGAACGAAGUCGCAGAAACUUGGAGUUGUACCAUAGAACUUCAUAACACAAUAUGUGGAAGCAGACGAAAACCAUCAUCUUAAAACUACAGUCUUACCAGCACAUUUUUCUUUACAGUUAGCUAUUGCUGCAAACAGCAUUGCAUGUUAUUUUUAAUGUUGAGUUUUCUCCUCUUAGAAGCAUAUUGCAGAGUAUGUUUUGGUAAAAGAAAAAAUGUGUGUAUCUUAUGUUACUUCAUUGUGACUGGAAGACUGAUAGAAAAUUCAGAGAGUAUAUAACAUUUCUGUGUCAGAGCAGGCAGACUGGCUUUGUAGCAUAUUCUACAAAUGUGUAGCAUUCAAUAUUGCACAGGGGUAUAGAGGACAGGUUUCCCAAGUUGUAACCCAAA